AUGAGCCAGCUGGGCACCGUCUACGCCACCAAGCGAAGGCGACGCAACGGCAAAAGCCUGAAGCCGCCGCCCAAGGAUGGCGUCACAAAGAGCAAUCCAUCAAAGCGGCAUCGGGAGCGCCUCAACGCCGAGCUGGAUCUCCUGGCCUCGCUGCUGCCCUUCGAGCAGAACAUCUUGAGCAAACUGGAUCGACUGAGCAUUCUAAGGCUGUCCGUUAGUUAUUUAAGAACCAAAAGUUAUUUUCAAGUUGUUAUGCAUAAGGAUAAGGAAGAGAACGGAGUCCUGCCCCACAUACACGCACACGACGGCUACAGGACACGGGAGCUGGGAGCCUUCGAGCACGGCCUGCUGGAUGGUGAUAUGUUCCUCCAGGCCCUAAAUGGAUUUCUAAUGAUACUGACAUGCGAAGGCGAAGUCUUCUUUGCCACGCACAGCAUCGAGAGCUAUUUGGGAUUUCAUCAGUCGGACAUCGUCCACCAGUCGGUGUACGAGCUGGUGCAUUCGGAGGACCGUGAGGAGCUGCAGCGCCAGCUGCUAUGGAACAGCUUCCUGCCCGCCGACAUGUCCAGCAUGCAGCUGGCGGAGACCCUGGCGCCAGACAAGGCGCUCUACCUGGAGCGCAGCUUCACCGUCCGCUUCCGCUGCUUGCUGGAUAACACGAGCGGCUUCCUUCGCCUGGACAUCCGCGGAAGAAUCAAGGUGCUGCACGGCCAAAACCGCAAGACGGAGGAGCCACCGCUGGCCCUCUUCGCCUACUGCACACCCUUUGGCCCGCCCAGUUUGCUAGAGAUUCCGCACAAGGAGAACAUGUUCAAGUCCAAGCACAAGCUGGACUUCUCGUUGGUGUCCAUGGAUCAGCGCGGCAAGCACAUCCUUGGCUAUGCGGACGCCGAACUGGUCAACAUGGGCGGCUACGACCUGGUCCACUAUGAUGACCUGGCUUACGUGGCCAGCGCCCAUCAGGAGCUUCUGAAGACGGGUGCCUCUGGCAUGAUUGCGUACCGCUAUCAGAAGAAGGACGGCGAGUGGCAAUGGCUGCAGACGAGCUCCCGGUUGGUGUACAAGAACUCCAAGCCGGAUUUUGUCAUCUGCACGCACCGGCAGCUGAUGGACGAGGAGGGUCACGACCUGCUGGGCAAGCGGACGAUGGACUUCAAGGUCAGCUAUCUAGACACGGGUCUGGCGUCCACCUACUUCUCCGAGGCGGAUCAGCUGGUGGUACCGCCUAGUGCCUCACCCACGGCCCACUCCCUGCCGCCGCCGGUGACACCGACGCGACCCAAUCGUCGCUAUAAGACGCAGUUGCGCGACUUCCUCUCCACGUGCCGCAGCAAGCGCAAGUUGCAGCAGCAGCAACAGCAACAGCAGACGCAGCAGAACUCGCCGCUGGGCGGCCAGGUGGGAUCUCCUGCUCCAGCAGUGGCCGUGGAAUACCUGCCCGAUCCGGCGGCGGCCGUGGCUGCCGCCUACUCCAACCUGAAUCCCAUGUACACGACCUCGCCGUACGCGAGUGCUGCGGAUAACCUUUACAUGGGCAGCUCCAUGCCGGCCAAUGCCUUCUAUCCGGUCAGCGAGAACCUCUUCCACCAGUACCGGCUGCAGGGUGCCGUCGGUGGCUACUACACGGACUAUCCGCAUUCUGGAGCCCCGGCCUCGGCCUAUGUGGCCAAUGGCUUCCUCUCCUACGACGGUUAUGCCAUCGCCUCCAAGGCGGAGGACAAAUGGCAGGAGACCGGCAAGUACUACAGUGGCUAUAGCAGCGGCUACGGCAGUCCCACGUCCACGCCACAGCAAAUUCCACUGAAAACGCCCAAGUCUUCACCGCAGGUAAUGGAGGUCAUCUCCUGCUCCUCGGAUGGACCCUCGCCCGUGAGUGGAGCUACGCCCAAUGGUGCUGCCAGUGCCACGCCCAAAGUGGAGCUGUCGGCAACAACAGUAGCUGCAGCUGCUGGCCAGGAUCCCUAUGAAAGGCAGACGGUCCUGAUGUGGGGCACCACUCACUCGAGCGGGGUGCCACUGAACAGUUUGCAGGGAGGACGGACUGCGUCCGGUAAUCCUGGUUCCCCGCAGCGGGUGACGCCGCUUACCAACGGACUGGGUUACGGCAAUGCCAAUAACAACAAUGAGCACGAACCGGCAACGGCGGCCAAGUGGAAUGGGACAAAGGAGCUGCCGGGGAAAUCGGCAAGCGCCAGUACUCCUGAGAGCUACCAGCUGCAGCAUGACGACUCUGGCCUAUACUCCGCCUCCUCGCACACAACCUCGCCACAGCAGCAGCAGCAGCAGCAGCAGCAACAGCAACAACAGCAGCAGCAGCAACAGCAGUCGCAGCGCGGAGUUGGUGCCAAUGUUAGCGCUCCCAGCAGCUCCCUAACGCACCCAGUAGCAGUCACGGGCACGGGCACCAGCACGGGCACAGAUCACCAGGCGGUGCAUCCACCCAGCUGCCACCAGCAACAGCAGCAGCAGCAACAGCAACAACAGCAGCAUCAUCACGCCCACCCGCAUCCGCACUCGCAUCAUCAUCACCACCAUCACCAUCACCAUGAGGCGGCGCAUCAGCACGGCAGCGAGAUCAUACUCACCAACCAUCAGCAGCAGCAGCAGCAGCAGCAGCAACAGCAGCAAUCGCUGGCCACCGGCUAUCCCCUGCACCACCAGCUAGUGGGAGCAGGACCAGAUUCGUCACCGCCGCCACCGCCAGCGUUGUCCCGCUCCCCCACAGUCCUGCCGGCUGUGAGCAGCCUGCUCAAUGGAGCAGCAGUGGCAGCGUCCACGGGAUCAGUGUCCGAUGGAAUGCCAACUUAUCAGCAGGUGGCCAUUGUGUCCGCUGCUCCGCUGGUCAUCUGUGCCGACGAGGUGGGCGGCAUCGGGCGCAAGGCGAUGAAGCAGCAGUCGUCCCUCCAGCAGCAUCAGCAACACCAGCAGCAGCACUCUACCCUGCAGCAGCAGCACCAGCAUGCGAUAUACCAGCAGCAGCACUCGCAUCAUCAUACGCAGCACCAUCAGUUGCUGUAUCCGGCUAAUAUUACGGCGCACACAGCGCUGGCCUAUGCCCCGCCGCCGGUGGGUGGCGCCUAUGCCGAUGGCAGUCCGCUGCUCUCCUUCUCGGAGGUGACCAACACACUGCUGAACCAGUGA